UCCGCUUCCCAUCGCAAAAAGCGGAAGCUGCGACAUAGCUGCUCCGCAACAUUUAGCCCAAUAAAACGUGCCGAAACGCAUAAAUAUUUGAUGAAAACAGCUCCAAUCGUAAAUAAUAACCCAAUCAGUUUGAUCUGGGAUCGACUUGCGAUAAAAACGCGCGCGAGUGCUGAAUAGAAAGAGAGCGAGUGCCGCCUUUUGACUGCUCCCCGAAAUUCGUGGCGUUUUCUUUUUUGUUUAUGCGCGCAAGAGAGAGCAAAGCAUAAAGUGCGCGCACACCAACACAGUCACACGCGCGCACACAGAAGUGGGGAUUUGCGAAAAUCUCGUCUAUGUGUGUGUGUGCGCAUAGCAUUUGCACACAUUGUUAUUGUUGGGACGUGAUACAGAGAGAGUGGCGAGAGCGAGAGAGUGAGGCAGCUGAACUGGGGCCAGAUUUAUAACGCGACAUUCGCACUUUUACUCUGGAGCAUGACGGUUCUUUCGCGGCACAUUCGACGCGAUCCAAAGCUGCAGCACAAGCAGCAGCAGCUUCCGAGUCCGUUCCGAAUCCAAAUCCGAUUCCGAUUGCGAGUCGCUAGCAGCCGAAGAGGAGGAGCUGUCUAAUCCGCAACAGAUUCCGCAGCGCGUACAUACAUAUUGAUUCAGUGCGAGUGCAGUUGCAGCGCGCGCCCCAUCACAACAACAAGAAAGAAAGAACGAAAGAAAGAAGAAAAACACACCCCCACCAACCACCCCUCGUUUUUCACUGUGUAUACUACAGCUUUUCGCUUAAUUUUUUAAGGCGGCGGCACGCCCUUCCCCAACGUGCGUGUAUGUCCGUGCGUGCGUGUGUGUAUGUAUGUAUUGGCGGGCUAACCCAGAAAAUCGACAAAAAAAACUUUCGAAAUAUUGAAUUGUGAAAACUAUCAGAAAAUCUGAAAGCUAUGUGCCUGCUCGACAUAUAUUCCCCAGUUUGCAUCGAAAUAAUGUGCACCCCAAGUACAUAAACAACAGUUUAGAACACACCUCGUGUACACGAAAAAAAUACCUUUCGACGAGAACCAGCAAAGAAACAACAUGAAGAUGGUCGAUAAGUCGUCCAAGUUGGUGGAUAAAUUUGCCGUAAUCAGCGGCACCGGCGGCAGCGGCCCUGGAGGCGGUCCGCUCAACCUGCAAGGCGGCGGAGGAGGAGGCGUCUCCGGCGGCGGAGGAGGAGUCUCCGGAUCUGGUGGCUUAUCCGGCACGGCUGGCUUGUCCGCCGGAGCUGGCAUGACCACCAGCCAGAAACCGGUGCCCAUGAAGCUAUUCGCCGCCUGGGAAGUGGACCGAACGCCGCCCAAUUGCAUCCCAAGACUCUGUUCGCUGACAAUAACACGUCUGUCCAUCUUGACUCCGCUGCCCGGUGACACCACCUCCUUAUCGCUGGCGGUGAAGAUGCAGAGCUCAAAGAGAACGCUGCGCAGCCACGAGAUUCCCAUCAACGGCCUGGCCCUGACUUCAUCCGCCUCCCUGCAGGGCAACUCGCCGAUGUCGGUGGCCGGAGGAGCUGGUGGCGGUGGUGGUGGUGGUGGCACACCGGGUAGUGCGGGCACUGGAGGCGGACUGGGCAUGGCUGUGCCCUUGACGGAAACCGAGCUGGACUUGCACUUCAGUCUGCAGUAUCCGCACUUUAUCAAGAGAGAUGGCAAUAGACUGGUUAUUUUACUGCAACGCCGCAAAAAAUACAAAUCACGCACCAUUUUGGGCUAUAAAACGCUGGCCGAGGGCAUCAUUCGCAUGGACGCGGUGCUCCAGAAAUCGAUGGACAUGAUCAUCGAGCUCACCGCUUCCGGGAAGAAUGGCAGACCGGGCACCGUGGUUGCCUGUCUGCGAGCAGAGCGCGUUUCUUCCAUUCCAGUUGACCAUGACAAUAAGAACAACAACAGCGUCCUGCUGGCAGAUCGCGUUGCUGAGUACUCCGACGAGGACGAGGAGGCCGAGUUCAGUUCGGGCGAAUUCAACGACGAGGCCAACGAACUGGGCCUGAUCCGGGGCUACGAUCCCAAGGAUCCGAGGGACUACAACCAUCCGGCCAAGCAUGAUAUGCGCAAGUAUCGCAACAAGCUGCAGCGCUCCGGAAUCGAGGACUGCGCCUUAGUGGGUCAUCAUCCCGGCAGCAUCCAGCACCAUCAUCCCGGCGUCGUCGUCGAUAGCGAUAGCGAGUUCGAGAUGAAGGACAAGAGCUCGUCACGGGCCAAGUUUAGCCGGACGAUCUCGCUGCAGCAGCGAAACUUCAAGCAGAAGAUCGUUGCACUUUUGAAGCGGUUCAAGGUGAGCGAGGAGCUGGAGGGCGAGUCCGGUCAUCGAGGCACGGCGGCGCUGCGCGGUGAACGCGACCUGGAUGCACUCUUCCAGGAGCUGGAGUCGCUGUCCUGCUGCGAGGGCGACGACUCCGGACCGGACAUGGACAGCAUAUCGGUGGGCUCCACGCCGAAGCCAUCGCUGCGUCCCUUCUUCACCAACUCGCGGAUUAUGCUGCACGACAACAUCACCGGAAACGGCGGAGAUCUGAGCCAAUUGGUGGGCGGUGGCUCUGGGCCCGGAACCGGAAACGCUGGCAACUCUGAGCGCCGAUCAUCGGAUAAGAGCGACCAAUUGACCAAUUCAUCUUACAAUCUUGAAAAUAACAAAAACCAAAAAUGCAUUCAUUUAACAAACAAUAACAAUUCGGCAACAACACCAGAUCGCGGUGGUAAUGACAGCUCCGGCAAUGAGGGCAACGCUGGCUAUACGGAUGGCCAGAAUUCCGAUCCGCAAAACAGUCCGCCCAGGGACAAGGACUACCUGCGCCUGCAGCAGAUGCAGCAGCAGCAGUUGACCCCAGUGAGCUCAGUGGCUGCCAGCAUGGGUAGCGGGAGCGUGAUAACGCCCGCUCAAACGGAAAAGCGUUCACGAUUGUUCCGAACUUCCAGCAAUACUCCGGCAAACACAGGAAGUGGUGGCAACAGUGUCAGUGCCAUUAGCGCAUCGGGAGGCGGCAAGAGGAAGCACACCCUGAGCCUGAGUGCCGAGCCGAGAUCCGUGCUAGAGACUUGCCUGUCGCCCACCAACGUGGAGCCACGCAAGCUGCUGCUCGACCAGUUGAGUCGCGUGUUCGCCGGCGAGGACAGCGCCAUUCCGGAGGUGGUGACCAUCAUUAGCCCGCCGGAGGCGUUAGGCGGCAGUGCGCUGCUUGCCAAACUGGUCACGCUCUUUGCCAACUCCUUCAAGCCGGCCUUCGUGCCGCAGAACACUGCCGAGGUCAAGGCGGUGCUGCAGGCGCUCAUGGCCAAGAUCCAGAAGUAUUGUAACUCCAACGCCAAGCCACCGCACACGGUGAAGGUGCUGUUGAUUGGUGGAGAUUGGCUGCAGGGAGCCACUCUGCGACACUACGUCGAACUGAUGGGAGUGCGCCCUCCAGAUUGGCUGAAUCACCUGCGCUUCUACCUGGUGCCCGUCGGCGGCAGCUGCGGCAGCGUGGCCCGCCAUCUCAGCCAGAUGGAUCAGGCGUACGCGGUGAUGUUCGGUUCGGACAACUGGACGCAGCUGUGCGAACGGGCGGCAGCUACAGCGGCAGCGGUCAGUGCGGUGACCACAGUGAAUGCCACCGCGCUGACAACCAACCUCGCGGAUGCGGCGGGUGUUGCCAAGUCCGACAUCGCAGAAUUGGUGCAGCGUAUUCAGCGAUACCUGCUGGCGGCAGGACCCUGCACGCAGAUACCCAUUGCCGAAGCUAUGGUUAACUACAAGGACGAGGACUCCUGCCAGAUAUUUGUGCCGUUUGUUAGUGAUGUUCGCAUUGGUUAUCUGGACGCCCAGGCCUCGCUGGAUCUUGAAGAAAAUGUAGCUGGCUCCAACGCGGUCGGCAGUGGACUGGGUUCUGGAUCCGCUUCAAGCUCAGCCAUCCCCAUUGGCAGCCAGAGCUCGCCGAAUGUGCACGGCGUAGUGUCUGGCUCGCCGCCCCAGCAGCAGACCUUGGGACGCAUCUCACCGCCUCUGCAAACGCCACCGUCAUCCGCAUCCUCUCAUCGGGAGAGAAAUACCAGUGAAUCCCUUAGUACGCCAUCGUCGGUGCAGCAGCAGACUUUCAGUGGAGCUCUUGCGGCGGCCGAAGCAGUGGAACUGCAAGUUGACUAUUGGCCCCUGGUGAGGCCGGGCGAAGGUCACGCCAAGGAGUCUAAGGGUGGCUUGUCCAAGGGUAGCGACGCUGGCGGCAAGAAUAGCAUUAAGAGUACGUUUAGGAACCUGCAGGUGUGGCGUCUGCCACAGCAUGCACAGCAAUUGGGUGAUAUGUUCAAUGGACUGACUGUUAGUUUCGCCACCAAGGAAAAGAAGCAGAAGCAAAUUAUGCGCUUGGGCAAAAAGAAGGAUAAGGAGCGUGAUCUCGAGAAGGAGCAAUGUGUGGAGGGCGUGGCCCGUUUGAUUUGCUCACCGAAACAAUCGCAUCCAGUGCCACUGCGAGUGUACAUUGAUGGCACCGAGUGGACGGGAGUCAAGUUCUUCCAAGUAUCGUCGCAAUGGCAAACGCACGUCAAGAACUUUCCGAUUGCGCUCAUCGGCUGCACUCCCAUGUCCUGUGCUGAAUUAUCCUAGUCAUUUUAACCCCCGACCUCACACGGGACACUCCCAACUCCCACAAACAACACAGAUAUACGGACACAAAAACUGAAAUGUGCUCGGAGCAAGGGAGCCAGUCACUUGCGCGGCAAUAAAUAUUAUAAAACUGAAAAGAAUGAUAAUUUAUUUAUAACUAGUGUUUGUAAAUUUUUAGUUAAUAAACCGUUAGCCUGUAACGUUCA